UAUUUGUUUUUAGCAUUACUAUUUUAAUAUACGCAAGAUUUAGACCCAAGAAAAACGAAAAACAAAACAAUUCAGAAUUUAGUAUUCUUCUCCUCUCAUGAACACUUCCAAAAUUUGAAAUCUUUCUCUUCUAAGCCAUGGAAGAAACAUUCCAAGACGAAUUUAUUCAAUAGCUCAUCCUCUGCAUUACUUUUCAUCAAGUUCCUUUGUUCACCAAAAAGCCGUCAGACAAUGGAUAAAAACGGUAUCAUCUUGAUGCGAAAAUAUGAAUUAGGCCGUCUUCUAGGUCAAGGUACAUUCGCAAAGGUGUACCACGCACGCAACAUGAAAACAGGACAAAGCGUAGCGAUCAAGGUCAUCGACAAACAUAAAAUUGUGAAAGUUGGAUUAAUCGAUCAAAUCAAACGAGAAAUCUCAGUGAUGCGUCUCGUUCGUCACCCAAACGUUGUCUUCCUCCACGAAGUCAUGGCGAGCAAAACGAAGAUAUAUUUCGCUAUGGAAUAUGUUAAAGGAGGUGAGCUUUUCGAUAAAGUCUCUAAAGGAAAGCUUAAAGAAGACAUUGCUCGAAAAUAUUUCCAGCAAUUGAUAGGAGCAAUAGACUAUUGCCAUAGCCGCGGAGUUUACCACCGUGAUCUCAAACCAGAGAAUCUUCUUUUAGACGAACAUGGCGAUUUGAAAAUAUCCGAUUUCGGGCUUAGCGCGUUGAGAGAGUCGAAGCAACAAGAUGGCUUGCUUCACACGACAUGUGGAACACCUGCUUACGUGGCACCUGAAGUGAUCGGCAUGAAAGGUUAUGAUGGAGCUAAAGCUGAUGUUUGGUCUUGUGGUGUUGUGUUGUAUGUGUUAUUAGCUGGAUUUCUUCCGUUUCACGAGCAAAAUCUUGUGGAAAUGUACCGGAAAAUCACAAAAGGGGAAUUCAAAUGUCCGAAUUGGUUUCCUCCCGAGGUAAAGAAGUUGUUGUCUCGGAUUCUUGAUCCUAACCCUAAUUCAAGAAUCAAGAUCGACAAAAUCAUGGAGAAUUCUUGGUUUCAAAAGGGUUUCAAAAAGAUCGAAGCGCCUAAAUCUCCUGAUAGUCAUCAGAUCGACUCGCUGAUCAGCGAUGUCCAUGCAGCGUUCUCGGUACAACCGAUGUGUUACAACGCAUUUGACCUAAUCUCUUCGUUGUCUCAAGGAUUUGAUCUCUCGGGUUUGUUUGAGAAAGAAGGGAGAUCAGAGUCAAAGUUUACAACAAAGAAAGAAGCAAAAGAAAUAGUGUCAAAAUUCGAGGAGAUAGCAACAAGUAGUGAGAGAUUCAAUUUGACGAAGAGCAAUGUAGGAGUGAAGAUGGAAGAUAAGAAAGAAGGCAGAAAAGGACAACUUGCGAUUGAUGUUGAGAUAUUUGAAGUGACAAAGAGUUUUCAUAUGGUUGAGUUUAAGAAAAGUGGAGGUGAUACAAUGGAGUAUAAUGAGUUUUGUGAUCGUGAGCUUAAGCCUUCUUUGAAAGAUAUUGUUUGGAAAUGGCAAGGGAACAACAACAACAACUACACCAAUAGCAUUACCAAUGAGCAGAUUGUUUGAAAGUGUUUUUUCAUCUUACUAUUUUCUUGAUUUUAUUGUUAUUAAUUUCUUUUAUGUCAAAAGGUGAGAUUUGUAAUCAUCAUCACAUUUCAUAUAUCUUAGAUUGUUGUUUCUUUUUAUUGGGGCAAUAUUUACACAA